AUGACUGGUCGUGUAGCAAAGGAGUCUGCGGCCAAGGAGGAGGAUCUGAUGGAGCUCACCCUCCAGCUCAGAAACAAGGAGAAUGACAACAGAUACGCACAGUUCCAUGGCGACAGCCUAAUAUCGAACCGCAUUAUUCCCACAGUCGGGACCCUGGGUGAUAUCAAGGCCAUUUUGCGACCCAAGAACUGGCCCGCGCUGGGAGACGUCGUUGAUAGCCUCCUGAUGGGCAAGGGACUUGAUCCUACACAGCCUGAAGGCGCUGCUCAGAUUGCCGGGAGUCUCUCCGAUUACAGUACCAACAGGCAAAAGUUUAUCAACGAUCAGGUAAAGACCAAGUACGACAAGAUGCUGCACCCACCGUUGACGUACCUGGGCGACGCUUUCCAAUACAGAACACCCGAUGGCAAAUUCAACUCUGCCAUCAACCCACACCUUGGGCAGGCUGGGGCCCCUUAUGCCAAGACGGUGCCGUCGACAACUGCUCCUCUUGGUGCUCUGCCUGAUCCAGUCGACCUAUUCGACAAACUUAUGGCACGUGAGGACGGCGGCCGCCAGAGCCAGUCGGGACUGUCAUCCAUGCUGCUGUACCACGCAACCAUAAUCAUCCACGACAUUUUCCGCACCAAUGACAACGACAAGAACAUCUCAGACUCCUCGUCUUAUCUUGACCUGUCGCCGUUGUAUGGAUACACGGAGGAGAUACAGCGCAAGGUGCGCGACGAAAAGUACGGCCUCGGCCUCCUCAAGCCAGACACCUUCGCCGAAGACCGCCUGCUCAGACAGCCACCGGGAGUGUGUAUUUUGCUGGUCGCGUAUUCGAGGUAUCACAACUACGCGGCAAGGCAGCUCUUGCGCAUCAAUGAAAACGGGCGGUUCUCGCUGCCGGAGAUGUACAACAAGACCAAGCUCGUGUCUCUGAUCAAGGAACACCUGCCUGACCGCAACAAGGACGGCAGCAAGACCGAACUGAGCUACGAAGUGCAGCAGCUGUGCACUGAAUACGAGAAGGCUUGGAGGAAAGUCCAGGCGGCACGGCCACGAGACCCCCCCUCAGCUCCUGCGAAACAGCCCAACGAGACCCCCCAGCAGAAGGCAGCACGUAUUGCGGCAGAGGAAAAAAGGCAAGAAGCGCUGGACAAGAUUGCCAAGUUCGAGGCACUUCCACUAAAUACAAGGCUCAAUGAUCUACGGGACGCUCUCGAGCUAAAGCUCGAGGAGAAGAAGGGCAAGCUCAAGCACAAGUCCCCCGCGCAGUUCGAGGCCUUUGUCAACAAGUGCAACGACUUCGAGGCUGCAUGGCAGGCCGCGCGGGACAAGCAGGACAACGACCUGUUCAACACUGCCAGGCUGAUCACCUGCGGCAUGUACAUUCAGAUCUCGAUUCACGACUACCUUCGUGCACUGAUGGGGUUCCACGCCUAUGAUACGAACCUGACCCUCGAUCCGCGUGCAGACUUUGACCAGAAGAAGACCAGUCGCGGUAUUGGCAAUCAGGUUACCGUCGAGUUCAACCUACUGUAUCGUUUCCACUGUGCCAUCUCGCUCAGGGACGAAAAGUACAUCGAAGAGUUCAUGAAGAAUGUGCUACACCUCAAAGAUCCAAAUAAUACGACUCUCCCAGAGUUUCUCAAGACCAUGGCAUAUUCAAAGCAGAAAGCUCAAGAGGACCAGGCCAAGGGUAUUCUGCCUCCGGAGCCGUGGGAAAUCACCUUCGGCAUCCCGGACCAGGCCACAACCAACUCAUCUCCGGGCUCCGACGGCGUGAGCAGCACCGAGAGAAGCAGGAAUGGCUCAGAUAGCGGCAUCUCCAUGGAUGUUCCCGUGUCGCAAGACUUUACAAAGACCCAAAAGCCCAUCAACGCCCCCGCUACGCCAUCCGUGUCCACGCACUUCGUCCGCAACCCCAUCACGGGCCUCUUCGACGACAAGCAGAUGCUGGGCGAGCUGAGUGCCGCCAUGGACGAGCCCAUCUCCAACUUCGGUCCGCGCAAUGUGCCGAGGUGCAUGAAGCCGGUCGAGAUCAUGGGCAUCCUCCAGGCGCGCAAAUGGGAAAUCGGAACCCUCAACGAUUUCAGACAGAUUUUCGAGCUGCCCAGGCACGCCUCCUUCGAGAGCGUGACCGCCAAUGUGGAGAUCCAGAACGCGCUGCGCGACCUGUACGAAAGCCCUGACAAGAUCGAGCUGUACCCAGGCAUCUUCUGCGAGUCGGACGCGCGGAUGGGGCUGGACCCCGGUCCCACAGAGUCCAGCUCGGCGCUGUGGACUGCCAUCUUCUCCGACGCAAUCACGCUCGUGAGAUCUGACCGUUUCUACACUACAGACUGGAACACAAACUCCCUGACGUCCUGGGGCAUGAAAGAGGUCACGCCCAACAAUGAGAUCUGCAAGAGUUCCGUGUUCCACCGCCUGCUCCAGCGCGCGUUCCCCGGCUGGUUCCCCAACGACAGCAUCCGCUUCUUCCAUCCGUUCUACACGGCCAAGCAGAAUGCUAUUUACGCCGAGGCGCAGGGAUACGGCCAGGAUUUCAAGGAGACGGCCGAGCUCCACGAUGCGGGUGCCAGCUGGUUCCAGAAACCCAAGAAGACCGCCGCAGACGUCGUCGCGUACCCGCCCGAGAAGCCCAAGAAGCCGUGCUACCUGGAGAACUUCAAGGACAUCCACAUGGUGCUGCAAGGCGAGAAGAGCGCCAACUUCACCAACCCCGUGUACAGCUACAAGGCGAAUCUCCCACGCGUGGUGCGCAGCGUGCUUGACGCAGAGAAGCAGCCUCCCUCAUUCGACCACGCAAUUCUCGAGGACUACGUGAAGAAGGCCGAGCCGGAGCUCAAGAAGUAUCUCGACGAGCUGAUGAAGUACAUCAUCAAGAGGGAGUCGGUGUCUGUGACCAACUCUACCUUCCAGAUUGAUGCUACGAGGGACUUCGCCAUCCCCGUUGUCACUCGCUACAUUGCCGCGUUCCUCGGAUUCAGCAACAAGCUGCGCGAGGUGGCCACAGAAACUCCCGUCAAGGACACGUACACGGAAAACCAGAUCUACCAGCACAUUACCAACUGCCAGGUAUUCCUGUCGUACAACACGGACGAGACAAAGUGGAUGGCGCGCCGGCAGGCCUUCCAAGAGUCGAUGAAGUUCCUCAUCGACCUCACCCGCCAGGGCACGAUCUGGGAGGCCGACCAGCUCUGGGGCCUGUCGCGCAUGCUCUUUGGCAAGGAGGAGACGAACCCGAUGCACGAGAUGGGCGUGUUCGUGGCGCGGCAGGUCUUGCGCUACGAGCGGGACCAGAGCAAGGCCGCGGCGAUCCUGCUGCUGAUUUGUCUCGAUUUCGCGUACAACGCCGUGGUGUCGUUCACUGCCACGCUCGAUGGCUACAUGGCGGAUCUCUACAAAGCCGCAAACGCCCGCGAGGGCAUCGCGCCGGCUGUCGAGCCCGAGUGGAUUUCUGUCCAGCACGCAGCUCUGUGUGAUGACGACGCGGCCCUCGAGAAGAUGGUCCAGUCCAUGGCUCAAAGGAAGGUUCGCCUGCCGAUUGUGCGCAAGGCACUGGUGGACGAUAUGUACCAGUUUGAGGGGACCCAAGAUGGACGCCCCGUCUUGGUGAAGAAGGGGCAGACGGUUGUGCUGAAUCUCUCCAAAGCCAUAGCCCAAGCCGAGCACACCAAUGACACCACGGCGAUCGCGUUCCUCACGCUCCAGCUCUCCAUUGCCGACAAAUACGCCGUCUUCUCCCCGCGCCGCUUCACCCCGUUGUCCCUGACCUCGAUGAUCAAGUUCAUCGCCCAGACCAAGACCACGCGCCGGGGCCACGCUUCCCAAGGGCGGCUCAAGAAGAUCCACAUCGACCCGACGGUUGAAGGGUACGCAAACUACAUGGCCCCGCAGCGCGUGGCGUGGAUCGCGGAGCAGGUCGCGCAGCUGGACGACAAGCACCUCGCGGACAGGAUCUUCAACGACGACCGGAUGCUGCGCCCCGGUGUGGACACGUACUUGACGCCCGAGUGGGACGAGUUCGUCCCCUUCCCGAUGACGUGGAAGAUCCGGUUCGACGGGUUUGGCCGGUCCGAGUACGCGACGCCCGAGGGCGGGAAAUACGGCAGGGUCCGGACCGCGGGUAAGGAGAUGCCCGACUUCUGCCCGCCCUGGUACCAGCCCCAAGGGCCGAGCAGCAUCGGCGGCUCUUUCGCCACGGUGGCGUGCGUGUGUGCGGACGGGAGCGCCGGGUGUUAA